AUGCCUGCUUUCGACGACUCUGACUUUGGCGUGAACACGCCUGUUGCUCCCGUCAAGACCAACGGCAGUGCCAAUGGAACUACCAAUGGCUCUUAUCAGGAGACGCUCAGCAUUCCCGCUGAUGCCAACGGCCAGGGACAUACCUCAAUCGAAGUCCCUGCAACCCGUUCCUCAAUCUCCGAUGCCUCCGCCUACAUGCACAAUCUGUCACUGUCGCCCAGUAUGAGGGAUCGUCGCGGAUCAAGAAACUCUUUCGGUGCUUCUCUUCCCAUCCCUCGCUCAAAGCGUCAGUCACGGCUCUCCAGCGUGCACUAUGCCGAGGGCGGAAAGCCCACACGCCCUGGAAUGCCCCCGAUCCAGCCUACACGAGACAUCUUGGCUGCUCAAGUCCAAGACUUGAGCGGCGAGAAGGUCAAGGCUGCCAAGGACAUGGCAUUCGUGUUCGACAUUGACGGUGUGCUCGUUCACGGUGACCGUUUGAUCCCAGAGGGCAAGCGUGUCCUUGAGAUCCUCAACGGCGAUAACGAGCUCGGCAUCAAGAUCCCCCACAUCUUCCUCACCAACGGCUCCGGAAAGAUCGAGACCCAGCGUGUUGCUCAACUCAGCAAGAUCCUUCACAACCCCAUCUCCACCGAGCAGUUUAUCCAGUCGCACACGCCCAUGCGUGCCUUGGCCGAGUACUACAAGACCGUCCUUGUCGUCGGUGGUGAAGGCUACAAGUGCCGCGAAGUCGCCGAGGAGUACGGCUUCCAAGAUAUCGUUGUUCCCAACGACAUUAUCGCCUGGGAUCCAACCAUCGCCCCCUACCGAGUCUUCACUGAGGAGGAGCGCAAGACCAGCCGUCCCCGUGACUUCAACAAGACCAACAUCGACGCCAUCAUGGUCUUCUCCGACAGCCGUGAUUACGCUACCGACAUGCAGAUCAUCAUGGAUCUUCUGCAGUCUGAGGACGGUCGCUUCGGCACCCGUGCCAAGGACCCCGUCUCCCAGCGCAUCCCCAUCUAUUUCUCCCAAGGUGACUUGCUCUGCCCUACCGAGCACCCUUUCCCUCGCAUGUCGCAAGGUGCCUUCCGCAUCGGUCUGGAGGCCAUGUACAAGGCCCUCACCGGCGUCGAUCUCGAGCGUGUCGUCUACGGCAAGCCCGAGCUUGCCACCUACAAGUACGCCGAUGAGGUCAUCACCUCGUGGAUGGACACCAUCCACAACGAGGAGAAACUGCCCAAGAACGUCUACAUGAUCGGCGAUAAUCCCGCCUCCGACAUCAUCGGCGGCAACAUGUACGGCUGGAACACGUGCCUCGUCCGCACCGGUGUGUACCAGGGCGAGGGCAACGACAAAGAGAACCCGGCCUCCUUCGGCGUCUUCAAGAACGUGCAAGAGGCCGUGCAGACAGCCAUCAAGAAGGAGUUGGGUGAGGAGUUCAGAUUCCAGUUUGACGAGUCGAUUAACCCCGUGCUUCACGGCAAUGGGGUCUCGGCUAUUGAGUAA